AUGUUUGAGGGCCCCAUUGUCAUUGACGGACGCGGCCACUUACUUGGUCGGCUGGCGGCUGUCGUAGCGAAAGAGCUCUUAAACGGACAACGGAUCAUAGUGGUUCGGUGUGAGGAGCUUGUGAUCUCCGGCCUUUUCAUCCGGAACAAGAACAAGUACCUCUUGUUCCUCCAGAAGCGUCACGCGUCGAACCCGACGCGAUGCGGUCCUUGGCAUUAUCGCGCGCCAUCAAAAAUAUUUUGGCGAACAGUACGAGGCAUGCUGCCGCAUAAGACGGCCCGCGGGGCACAGGCGCUUGCGCGCCUCGAGACCUUCGACGGCAUCCCACCGCCAUAUGAUAAGGCAAAGCGCCGCGUCGUGCCGUGUGCCCUGAGGAUACUGCGACUCCGACCAGAUCGCAAGUGGACCCGACUUGGACGCCUGAGUGCUGAAGUAGGUUGGAAGCGUGCAGCAAUCGUAGACAAGCUCGAAGAAAAGCGCAAAAAGUUGGCACAGGAACGGUACGAGCGACGCAAACAGGAGAAUAAACUCUUAGAAGAGGCUAAGGCACGCGCGGAAGCCAAAUUACCUGCGGAUUUGAAAGAGAUUCUCGUGUCAUGCGGCUAUGCAUAG